AAUGUACCACCUAUAAACAAGAAAAAUACUCGCUAAUAUUCGACGUAUUUCUAUGAAAUCGCUUAUAGUAUCCGCUAAGUGGCAGCACAAUACAAUUGCUAUGCGAGAAAGGAUCUACAAUGCUUGAUAUCAUUGACAGAAUUUGGAGGUUGUUUUAAAUAACAUUUUGAAGGUGCAUUUGAAACUUUUAAUUCCAUUUAUAUAUCUAUGCAUGGUAUCCGAAUAUUAGUAUAUAUGUAUUGAUAACAGAAGCCGAUAAAAUGACUACGGAAAAAGAUUUAGUAAAUGCGGUAAGAGAAUCUUUGGAAGCUGGUGGAGAACUUGGUCGUAUAAGGGCUGAAAUGCGAACUGAAGUUUUCAAAUUAUUAGAUAAUUCCAAUUCAGAAAGUAAAUUACAAAAUUCGAAACAAUCUUCUGAUAUUGUUAUCUUUAACGAGCUUGUUCGUGAAUAUCUAGAUUGGAUGGGAUUUAAAUAUAGUUCAACCGUAUUUGUUUCAGAAUGUGAUCUUUCAAAACAUCCUUAUGAUCGAACGUUACUAGCACAAACUUUGGGAAUAAAGGAAACUGAUACAAGUAAAAAGUUGCCCUUGCUUUGUGGAAUAAUAGAUACAUUAAAGCAUAUGAAAAAUACAUGAAAACAUUUAUAUACAUGUAUUGAUGAAGUAUGCCUAGUAGGCACAUUUAUUUUUGUAUCGCAUUUGUAGAAUUUAUAUAUGAAUUGAACAUUAGUAUUUGUUAAUAAUAUAUAGAAAUAAAUUAUAAGAAUGUUAUUCAUUUUAAUUCAUU